UAGGGAAAUCGAGGAGAAAGCAGCGACAAACGUCGCCAGCGGUUACGUUAUCGCCUCAAUAUCCUUGGAUUUAUGCAAUAUUCGGUGAUAUAACUCGUAUAUUGGUUGUUUGUCCCUUCACCUUGUGGAUGAGCUUGUAUUCAACGUUUUCCAAGCGAGAAUCUCCACCUUAAUGCGGUGGGAUGGCCACAGUGCCGCCUGGGCCUAGUAGCGCUCUGCCCGCAUCCCCGGCCGAGAUCCCUCCUUUACCCGGGGCUGGGAGCGCAGAGCCGGCGGGGGGAGACGGAGAGGCGGCCUAUCACAGAGACGACUGUUUAGUCGCCGGUACAGGGAAGACAUCUGAGCCGGUAAGCGAAGUCAUUAGGUCGGUUAAUAAGAAGCAAAAAAACAUGCUAGCGCGAGCUAGCCCGGCGGCACUUCACCUCAAAAUGCAAGCUCGAGAGCAGCAGCUAAACGGCUUGUCUAGCUCCUCAGAGGACGCUGACAGCCACCAGCACACAGGAAACCGACCUGACAACCCGAGACCGUCCUUGGACAACUGUGACAGCAGCAGCAGCGGCAGCAACGAGGAGGCUUCAGCCGCGAGAAACAAUAGUGAGCAUUGCCAACAUGAAGGCCACAGCCCCAUCUCCAAAAACGGCAGUCACUCGCCCCUAGUUAACAAUAGCUUGAACGGGAUGCCGGGUUUCAUAAGAACUGAGGCGGCCCACAGUCACCCCGGGGACGAAGGGAAAGAGGAGCUUGACCUCACGGAGCCACCGAGACCGCCGAGCGACAUGCCGCUGGACGCCGGGCCCGGCGGGGAGGACAGCCUCGCUGAUCCGCAGAAGCUGCAGCCACCGACCGCGGAGCUCGCGCGGCUCGACCUGAGCGGCUCUACCGGCCGAGCCGAAGAGGACAGCCACGGCAUCUGCUAUGUCCGCUACGAGUCCGAGCUGCAGAUGCCGUGGAUCAUGAGACUGAUCACAAAGGACUUGUCUGAGCCUUAUUCAAUUUACACCUACAGGUACUUCAUUCACAACUGGCCACAGCUCUGCUUUCUGGCCAUGGUGGAGCAGGAGUGUGUCGGAGCCAUCGUAUGUAAGCUUGACAUGCACAAGAAGAUGUUCCGUCGUGGCUACAUCGCCAUGCUGGCCGUGGACUCGAAACACAGAAGGAAAAGCAUCGGUACUAAUCUGGUGAAGAAGGCCAUCUACGCCAUGGUGGAGGGUGACUGUGACGAGGUUGUUUUGGAGACUGAAAUCACCAACAAAUCAGCCCUGAAGCUGUACGAGAACUUGGGUUUUGUCAGAGACAAGCGGCUGUUCAGAUACUACCUUAACGGAGUGGACGCGCUGCGGCUCAAACUGUGGCUCCGCUAGAGGAAAGAUGAGGGGACAGGGGAGGACAGGACACCUCAUAUGCUAUCGGCUCAACAGCCUCACCUCUGCCCUGGUCAUUUCACUCUUAUACAUACACACAUACACUUCACACACACACACACCUGUGUACAACAUAAGGAGUUUGCACAUAGGUAUGCGUAGACACACCCUCUUUUUGUCCUUGACCUCCGAACAACCGUUGUUGAGGGCGAACCCGACUGACAUCCCACCUAUUGGGCCAGAAGAGGGGGAGGUGAGCGAGGGUGGUCUCUGGGAUGACCUUUACAAGGGACUUGGUGACCUUUUGACCUUCAAGCUUGGAUGCUAUGAACCGCGUUGCGAGGCAGCUGAACUGAGGACGUGCGUCCGAACCCUCAAUAGGACACGGCACCGCAGCAGAUCCUCCUGCAGAACACGGGACAAACACAGACUUUAAAGUAAACAACAACAAGGGACACCAGGAAGCGGGGUGGUUAAAACAGACUGGGAAAAGAAAAUAUUUGUGGAGUUUAUUUUUGUGUUUCUUUUUUAACCUUGUGAGUUGGACGGGGGAAAAUCUAUAGUAUGACUGUGUUUGUACCACCUCAUGUAUUUUUUUUUCCAGAGUAUUUGGCUUGGUUUCAUGCGUGGUUUCACAGUGAGGGAGUGACCGUGUUGUGUGACUGUGUGAGUGCAUGCUUCGGUUAGAACCGUGCGUAAUUGUUCUUUGUUCCCAUCACCUGCCCCAGCCACCUGGACUGAAGCCUGUAAAGAUAUGCAUGCAUUUAUUUUAAAGUGAGUGCGGCGGGAAAAGUGUGACGAGUGUGUGUUGAUUUACCCAGUUUGAGCUAAACCCACCAACCCCCUUCCUGUGUUUGUUGUAAGCAUGUUGGUGCAGAGCAGUUGAUCGAAACAAAUCACUCCAUUACCACCUCCAAACUUUUCCCAACUGGUGAAUUUGCUCAUGUUUUUUCUUCUAUACCGUUCACUAAAUCUCUCAUCAUCAAACCCUGACAGUAUGGGUGAGGAGUUUAGCUUUUUUCUUCCUAUUAUAACAGAACUUGUUUCCCCUAAAUGCACUGCCAGCUGCUGCAAAAUCCCCAAAAAGGAGUCUUUUGAAAGAGAGCCGUCUCAGUUGACUCCUUUUUUAAAAGAUUAUAUCCGUCUGUUCCUCCUUAUUGCAAGUGCCACUCAAUCCAUCAGCACUUUCAGCCUCAGUUCAGCCCGCUAACAGGCGUCACACACUCAGCCUCGACCCGCUUCUGCGUCUGCACUCGGCACCAGGCCACAGGCGAAGUGUUACAUAUGCUGUAAUGCUGUUUGAGUAUGCUGUGUGUGUUUAUCUCUCCACAAAAAAAAGAAGGAAAAUAGACAAAUAUUCUUAGCAGAUUAUAUUUUAUUAUUUUGUUUGCUUUCAGUUUGUUUAGAUUGUGUAGUCUACACCUGUAUAACCUCCCGCUGCUCAUCUGCGGCUGAGUCCUCAAUGCACUUCCCAGGUGCUCUAACUCGAUGCACAACCAACCUCGCUAACAUUUUAAGAUCUGACCUGAGACUUAGUUGCACCAGGACGCUCCAAUCCACACUAAUUAAGACAGUUUGCUUCAAUCGCUUUUGUGUUUUUCUUUUCUUAAAAGUAAAUAUGAACAAAGGUCAGAUGCACUUCUUUUGAAAUUGCUGCAGUGUGUAUGUGUACGUAUGAAUGUGUCUUGUAUGUGUUCUGUUAUUUUGACAAUGGCUUGGUUCUGUUUCUCUACUUUCUAAAUCAGAGCCUUUGGUGCUUUGGUUUGUUUCAAAGAUAAAAGGAAAGUGGGGAAAUAGGCAGCCUUUUUUAACUUUCAAGGAUACUCCUAGGAUACUCCUAGUAAGUGCUCAAUGCGGUGGAAAGAACCGGAGACUGUUUGGUUGAAGGGAGGAUAAACCCUAAAUCAGCUUUGAUCUUUUGGAAAACAACCCGCAUCACAGGUUUUUAAAGUAAGAAAACUUAAAAUUAUGCAAUCGGACAUCUGCAUGCUUUUAUGCUGCCUGCAAUAUUCAAUGCAGCACACUGCCUUGGGGCGCAAUCAGAGCUGAAUCUGCUCCAAAAUAUUGACUACAGAUCAAAGUCUCCAGCAAACAUUUGUGGUAGUUUGAUGUCUAAAUGAUUUGAUGAGCUCGUCUCCAUGACUGACACUACAGGACCUUGUUCGUAUUUCGGGUUUAUUUUCCUUCAGACUGAAGUAGAUGUUUACAGAGUCGCCACCCUCAUAACAGCCUGUGUAUGUAAGUUUGUGUCUGUAUGCAUUUGGAACAACGGAUCAGAUGACCUAUUUUUCUUUGUUUUUCAGAUUUGUAUACGAGUGUUGUUCUAUUCCUCGGAUAUAGUGAGAGCAUGUUUUUUUUUUUUUUUGUGAAUCAUCUGUUGGGAACGGGGUGCUUUGGGUUGAUUUAUCAGAUUUGAGAUUUGUAUUUUUAAUUUCUGUGCUACUUUAGCCCAUCCAGAGGCGUAACGACAACUAUGAGCAAUUCAGUGAGCAUACAAAAAAACACUCUACACCGUGAACACAAACUAUUAUCUUUACUGCUCAUCUGACACUCUUUAAAUUGAAACCAUCACCCUGUGUAAACUCCUGGUUUAUUUCUGGAGGUAUAAUGUGUCCCUGUGUUGGACAUUUGUCUCCCCUCAUGUGUUCUCUCACUUCCCCAGCCCUUUUUGUCUUUUAUACAGUGACUACUGAUGGACGAAAGGACAUGAUAGGUACAAAAGGAACCUGUCUGUUCUUAAAACCAGCUGUCAGUACGAGGAGGUGUUUUAGAUGUUGAAGGAAAAGUGUUAUCUUGUUUAGUUUUUUUUGCUUAACUCCUGUGAAACUCUGGCAGUUCCAUAUGGGCAUUACAGCCUGUCGCAAAGAGCUAAAGCGCUCAGUUUAGCUCAUGAUCACAGACUGAAGGGCUUCGUCAUCAAUAUCAGGCCUGCUGUGUUUUACCCAGCUCUCUCUGACAAUGCAUUUGGAAAAAGUUUUUGACUUGACACGCCAGUUCAGUGUUCACAGAUGUCAGAGGCAGUUUUCUUUCCUCCUCCUGGACGUCCUCUGUGCUAUUCAGGUAGCUUACUCUAACAAUCACACGCCCACCUCUGUGCUCACCUGCCUAUCCUACGUUUCUAGUGUUACAAUUAUAAAUUUCCCCUGAAAUCAGUUAGCGGGUCAGAUAAAAAAAUGUGUCUUGGCUGUCAUGCUGCACCACAAAAAGCUGUGUUCCUGCAACCAACCAACCACAGGGGCUUCCUGCAGUCUUUUCGGGGCGGCCAGCACCGCCUCCGCCGCCAUCUACAGAGUGUGCAAAGGGGAGGGAAAAAGGUUUUUUCGCAUGUCAGAUUUCUGUUCCCCCAGUUCCUCUUCCCUGUACCCUCUCUUGAUUUUGAUCUGGAAAUGUCCGAUAGCUUUUAUUUAAUGUGGAAAAAAGAACACAGAAAUAAAUUAUUUGAUUUUUUUAAUGCUGUAAA